AUGCAGCUCACUCAGCUCCUGCUCGCUACUGGCCUCUUGGCCUCCUCAGCCUUCGCUGCCCCCGCGGACACUUCUGCUAAGUCCAUGAUGGCCGACAGCCCUCAGUGGACCCUCAAGGACACCAAGCGUGUCUGCAACGACGAAGACACGUCCUGCACCUGGACUUUCGGCAUUUACGCUGGCGCCGGCGAUGCCACUCCCUGUACCUACAUCGUGGAGGGCAGCCCUGCCUCCCAGGCCAACGGUGGCCCCGUCACCUGCGGUACAUACACCGUCACCUCCGGCUGGAGCGAUCAGUUCGGCCCGGAGAAUGGUUUCACUACUCUCUCUGUUGUCAACGAGGCUCGCCAGAUUAUCUGGCCUGCCUAUACCGAUAAGCAGGUUGCUGGUGGCGAGGUUGUCAAGCCCGACCAGAGCUACUCCCCUGCUUCUCUCCCUUGA